AUGAGAUUGGAUGAUGCAGUGCUUGAUGAACUUGUUCAUGAGUACUGUGUUUACAGGGGAAUUGUGGAAUCUGGAAUGAGCACACUUUCUGAACCUGUGAAAGGUAAUAGCAUAGUUUUUAUUGUGAAGGGAGUGGAAAAUACCAACUUGGAAGAAAAAUAUGAAAUUGUUCUUCGGAUGAAGGAGCUAGCUAGCAGGGGAAUGGCUGCUGAGGUCGUGGAGGAAAUUAAUGCAUUAGAUCCAAACUUCUUUGAGCAAAAUCCUGUUUUGUUGUUCCAAUUCAAACAGGUUGAGUUUCUGAAACUGCUUGGGUUGGGUGAUCAUUCUGGUGCUCUAAGGGUUGCAUGCUCCCAUUUAGGCCCCUUGGCUGCUCGUGACCCCAAUUUGCUGAAGCCCUUGAAGGAGACUUUGGUACAAUUGCUUCGCCCAAGUGAAGAUACACUUGUGACAGGCUUGCCUUUACAUGCUCUUGCAAGUUCACUUCAAGUUGCUUUUGGGAAGAGGCUUGGUAUCGAGGAGCCUCAGCUGAUGAGGACACACACUGAAUUUAGUCCCUGUACUUCUCAGAUUUAA